UAAGUUAUAUUGGAGUUAGUUUUUUUUUUCCAAACAAUCUUAUCAAAUAUUUUUAUUACAAAUAUUUUCACAUACAUACAAAUAUAAAAGUUCAUUACAAAUAAUUUUCUCUUCAAUUAUUAAAUAAAUACUAAAAAAAAAAAUUUACAAUCAUGAAUAAAUGUAUAAAAACAAUUUUCCGUAAGCAAAAUCUACUUGUUGCUAUAUUUAAUAUAAAACUGUUAACAGUAGCAGCAACUUCAUUAACAUCAAAACGUUCAAUCAUUACAACUUCAGUUCUUGAUAAUACAAAUAAAAUGACAUUAAAAAGAGUUGUUCCAACAAUAAGUGAAUAUUCCGAUUUUAAUAAAUAUUUAGGAGAUUUUUUAAACAAAGAUGAUAAAUUAACAUUAAUGUUAGAUUAUGAUGGAACACUGGCGGCAAUUGCACCAAAUCCAAAUAUGACCGCAAUGUCAAAAGAAGUAGAGAAUUCAUUAAAAAAAUUUGCAGUACAUCCGAAUAUUUUUUUGGGUGUAAUAUCUGGACGUGGUUUAGAAGAUGUUAAAAAUAAAGUUGGUAUACCAAAUAUUACAUAUGGUGGAAAUCAUGGUUUAGAAAUUGAAAAUCCAGAUGGUAGCCGAUCUGAUUUUCAAUUAGAUGGUGAACUUAAAGAAAAAUAUCAAAAAAUGGUACAAGAAUUAAAUGAAAAAGUACGACGUAAUGGUGCAUGGAAUGAAGAUAAAUUAGUUUCAUUAACAUUUCAUUAUAGAGAUGUACCAGAAGAAAUGAUGGAUGAUAUAAAAACUGAAGCAAUUAAAAUAAUUAAAUCAUAUGGUUUUAAACCAAAUCAAGCACAUUAUGCAAUUGAAGCUAAACCACCAGUUAAUUGGCAUAAGGGGGAAGCAUUAAAAUUUAUUUUAAAUAAAAAUUUUGGUGAUGGAUGGCAACAUAAAACAAAAGUUAUAUUUGCUGGUGAUGAUACAACCGAUGAAGAUGCAAUGGAAGCUGUUCAAGGUAAAGGAAAAUCAUUUCGUAUUACUGAUAAUCCAAAUUUUGAAACAUAUGCUGAUUAUCGUUUACCAAAUCAAAAUAUGAUGCCGGAAUUAAUUAAAUGGAUUGAAAAUAUUUAUUAUAAAUAGAAGUUUUAUUUUUUUUUUUUUUGGAAAAUUAUGUACUUAUUAUGGUAUAUAAAAUUUUUAGAGAUUAUUAUUGUAGCAUUAUUAUAGAAGCAAAAACAAUUCUAAUAAAUAUAGUGUGUUAUUAUUAAAUGUGCCAGAAUAAAAAAUUUUGUUCUAUAUUUUAAAUUUUAAAAUCG